AUGUCUGUCUGGGAACAAGUCGUUUACUUAUCUCAAACUUCUGGAACUCUGAUUGCUCUCAUUCUUCACUCAAUUCUACUAAAUUUAAUCAUCAAUCAUUCUCCAAAGGAUAUUGGAGAAUACAAAUAUUUGAUGCUGUUCAUCUCAAUUUUUGAAAUAAUUUACGCAAUUUUAGAUGGGUUAGUGCAACCGGUAAGUAAAACAAAAAAAGGGUUACUAAUUCUUAUUCUUGAAACCUCGCUAUUCAUUUCAUUUGGGGGUACUUUCAUGUUUAUUGUCGACACUUCUUCAUCUAUCAUUGAUAAAACAUAUUGGGAGAUUCUUGCAGUAACUUAUUGUUCAUUUUACGGUUCAUCGAUGGCAAUUCUCACCAUACACUUUGCAUACCGCCUUUGGAUAAUUAGCGGUACAAGUGAAGCAAUGUUAAAAUGGUUUCGCUGGCCAAAAGUGCUGAUUUGGCUUCUUUUUCCAUUUAUGACUGGGAUGAUUUGGUUUUUUGUCGCGUAUUUUACAUGUUACCCAAGAACUAGUUCGUCAGAUUUUUUGAGAUAAAAAGUUCGCGAAAGACUCGGAUUAGAUAUCGAUAUCAUAUUCUAUUUAUCUCCUUACUUUUUUGAAAAAGACGAAACUGGCAGAACUAAAAUAUACUGGCCUUCUGUGAACGGCCUUUUACUGGACUCGAUGACAAUUCUUAUAUCCCUCAUCUUAUGCGUUUAUUUUGGAUUCAAAUGCUGGAAAACAAUGAGUUUAAUUUUUUCAUCUUCAUCAACUCACUACCAAAAGCUUCAAACCCAAUUAUUCUACGCCUUGGUAGCCCAGACCCUAAUCCCAGUUUUCUUAUUACACAUUCCGGUUCUCACAAUGUUCACACUUUCUUUUCUAAACCUUGAUAUCGGUGCUCUCAGUGAAGUUGUGAGCAUUACAAUUGCAUUAUUCCCUACAUUGGAUCCUCUACCUACUAUGCUGAUUGUAUGUCAUUAUCGGAAUGCAAUCACUAAUUAUUUCCGAAGUCGAUACAAAGAAUUUCGAAAAGUGAAAUGUGGAAAAUGUCUGAGAACAAAUAAGCAUAGACAUCCCACCUCGUCAAUUACUCUUUGA